GCGCAGAGGCCGACACCGGUAGCUAGCUAGUAGCUAGAUGUGAAGAAGGAGAAGAAGUGGCGUAGGACUAUGGACCCGGUGAACAAUGCUGAGACAGGAGAGACAGAAACCGAACUGGAGCCGUGCUACGUUCUCAUUCCGAAAGAAACACGAUGCAAGAAGAAGGAGCAGGAAAAACUGUCCGGAGUCGUCAAGAACGUCCAUAGAAAGCUGCGAAGAAAAUACCGAGAAGGUACGCUGCGCUUUACUCAAUUCAGGGGUACGGAGUCUCUCAGCAAACGGGCUAUUUCAAUUGUUCGAAAACAAGGCCCUGAUUAGGUAGUUGAUGUUAAUUCCUAUUUUUGGGGCCUUGCACAAACUGCAAGUGACUGGCAACAUGUCAGGGUCUCUCUGCUCUACUAUCUUAAAAACAUUGUCAUGCAAUCAUACUACAUGUUGUUAACGUUACAUUCACUUAUUUUUAACCAAAGGUUAGACGAACGCUAGAUCAGGGCCGCCUGUGAAUAUUUCAAUCUGUAGUGUGCAUUUUAAACUAGGCUAUGCUUGCCUUGUUUGUCCCUAAUUAGAUGAUUUGGCAGUCAUCAAUUUUGUUAUAAUAAUCGCCUCUCUUACAGCCCUACAGUGAUUUGGUAAGGUUGUUAAAUGAUAACAUAUUGGAUCAUGGGUACUGGCAGAGCGAUCAACCAGGGUUGUAUGGCAUUUUGUGUGACGUCAGGGGUGUAUUCAAUUGUCCGAUUCCCUAGCAAAAUGUUUGGUCUGUUGCUAAAUGUUUAGCAACGGAAACCGUUUACUCCAAUCGGGAAACGUUUUGCAACGAAAACGAGAGUUUCUAUUGGACAAAUUCAGGUUGGUUUGUUUUGCAAACGUUUUGCAACGGAAUCCGACUAAGGAAUACACCCCUAUUCUGAAACUGAAAAGAACAAGACCCUACAAGUAAAACAUCAAGUUCAUGCUCAUCCAAUAUGGGAUGUUAUGAGACACAGGCAUAUGCCAAUAGUAUGAACACAUACUCAUCCAGAGUUGCUCAAUUGAGUCUGUUGUGAACAAACAUUUUCUAACAUGUACUUCAAAGUGGACUCUGAAAGGUCUAGUAUUGAGACAGAAUCCUCCUAUCUCCUUGGUAGUAACUCCAAUAUUUAGGUCCUUUCAUUGAAAACAGUGCCCAAAGGUAAAGAAAACAACAUGCUUUUCCAUAUUGGACCCUUCACGUAUCAUUGGUCACAAAGCAAGCAACAUAAAGAGGUCAGGAGAUGAAUGAAGGCAUUUCUAGUUCAGUUCACUUUAUUGGCUUUUGCAGGAAUUUGUCUUCCAUUCGGACGUAGGGCAGGCAGUACAGAUGUAACCAAUGGAGGAAUCUGCCAGUAAACGUAUUCCUAAUAGGGCAGGGAAUUGCCAGGGACCUCACGAUACGAUAUUAUCAUGAUAUUUAGGGGCCGAUACGGUAUGUAUUGCGAUACUGUGAUUUUAUUGCGAUUCGACGUUCCAAACAUAUUGCUCACCAUACAGUGCCUUCUGAAAGUAUUCACACCCCUUGACUUUUCCCCCACAUUUUGUUGUGAUACAAAAUGGGAUUAAAAUUGAUUUGUCUUUUUUUUUUUUUACAACGAUCUACACAAAAUACUCAUGUUGAAGUGGAAGAAAAAUUCAAACAUUUGUAAAAUAAAACACUAAUAUCUUGAUUAGAUAAGUAGGCAGUAUUACUUUAGUGCCUUCUUGCAAACAGGAUGCAUGUUUUGGAAUAUUUGCAUUAUGUACAGGCUUCAUUCUUUCACUCUUUUAAUUAGGUUAGUAUUGUGAAGUAACUACAAUGUUGUUGAUCCAUCCUCAGUUUUCUCCUAUCACAGCUAUUAAACUCUGUAACUGUUUUAAAGUCACCAUUGGCCUCUUGGUGAAAUCCCUGAGUGGUUUCCUUCCUCUCUGGCAACUGAGUUAGGAAGUACACCUGUAUAUUUAUAGUGACUGAGUGUAUAGAUACAGGCUUUCCAUAACAAAGGGGUUGAAUACGUAUUGACUCAAGACAUUUCAGCUUUUCAUUUUCGAAAAACAUAAUUCCACAUUGACAUCAUGGUUGUGUGUGUAGGCCAGUGACGACAAAAUCUCAAUUUUAAAUUCAGGCUGUAACACAACAAAAUGUGGAAAAAGUCAAGGGGUGUGAAUACUUUCUGAAGGCACUGUAUGCCUGCUGCAGAGGGACAAGAGAGAGCAUGCGAACUAGUUUUGAUCAGUCAUGGAAAUAAAGGUGCUGAAAACAAAUUGGCUCCCUAUCUAAAAAGAAGAUGGAGAACAAGGUAUGAAGGAAAAAUACUGGUGUUUUGGUGCAAAGAUUAUAUUGUUAAUAGGAUACUGUACAUAUAAAACAUUCUAUCCUAAUAUGUAACACACCCACCCCAUUCUUACUGAAAGAAUGUCCAGUGCCACAGUUUCAGUUUGUCUUCGUUGUGUUAAGUUAUUCUACCAGUUGAAUGGUUGAUUUGCCCUGUGCUCUUAUGUUGUGAUUAUCAAACUGGGCAGCGUCUAGGGGCUAGAUUCAAUCCAUAGUGCUGAAGAGCUGCGUUGCAGCGUGAUAUCAAAAUGUAAAGGCAGUGUUCCCGUGUUAGCAGAGACUGCAUUCAAGGUAAACGCUGCAUAUGUCGGCUCAAUCGGAAAUUACCUUUACAUUUUAAAUUGCGCUGUAACGCCGAACUUCAGCGCUACGGCUUGUAGCUCAGUUGGUAGAGCAUGGCGUUUGCAACGCCAGGGUUGUGGGUUCGAUUCCCACGGGGGGGAAAUAAAAAAAUAAUGUAUGCACUCACUAACUGUAAGUCGCUCUGGAUAAGAGCGUCUGCUAAAUGACUAAAAAUGUAAAAAAUGAAUCCAGCCCUAGGCUUAUUAGUAUUUUUGCUCUGCAGCCUAUGUUUUUUGUUUUGUUCAUCUACCUUUGGUUUGGCUAGAUGCCGGGCUGCUGAAAAAUAGCAACAUGUAUGAAUAUGUAUAUUUCCUACUGUAUUGCAAUCAUCACACAAAAUAAGUACAAAAAAACAGUAGCAUUCAACAGGUCCUUUCCACUCUAGCAGAAGGACUGGCUAGCUGAUGCUCCAGAAAAUACCCUGUCAGCUGACACCAUGAUUGGUUAAUAAGUAAAGCAUGAUCUGGUCUGCUUGGCCUUGGUACCACAGUAAUCAUGAUCUGGUCUGCUUGGCCUUGGUACCACAGUAAUCAUGAACUGGUCUGCUUGGCCUUGGUACCACAGUAAUCAUGUUUAUUCCAGCUCGUCUUGUUGUCGUUUCAUUUCUGCAAAUCUGAUAUAGGUUUUUUCCCUUGUGGUCAUGGGAUUUCUUCCUUAUCAGCAUGUUUGCUCUCGAAACACACAUUCUGCUGUGCGUCUGGGAAGACCUGUUGCAGGGAAUUUGUGACGAUAUAGGCCUAGGAACAGAUGUGAAGACUUCUAUUGAAAAUCCUGUUUUCAGAUAUGCCUCUAAUGCCUGAAGGAUCAUGACGAGUAACUGUUUUGAAAAUGUUGAAGCAAUUUUGCGUCAGAAGUUUUAACCUGUGGUGUUCAUUUGUGAAGAGCUGAACGAUUGUGAUUCCUUAUUGAUUGAAUGGCCACACUUUACAAGUAAGUACAUUCAUGUUGGCUUAUUGUGUAGUCUACGUACGUACUAUGCUUGCGAGUAAUUUUUAUAAACAAAACUGACAGGACUAACUUUCAAUUCCUACCAUUUGUAAUGAUGAAUUUGAAUGUGAUGAAAUGAAAUGGAAAACAAAGCAUCAGUGUCUGGCCCACAUUCAUGUAGCCUACAGUGCUUAGUAGUUUUACUAACUGUAUGUCAUACUGUAUGGUGUGAGGUGAUUUUAGUUGGGUUGGGUUUGUUAACUCAGUUUCAACCUCCUGCUGCCUGUUAACUUUCCACAGUGGGUGAUUUUGAGAAGAUCUGGCGGGAGCACUGUGAAGAUGAACAGACUCUGAGUGAAUAUGCCCUGGCCAUGAGGAACCUGGCUGACAACCACUGGGCCAAGACCUGCGAGGGAGAGGGACGCAUCGAGUGGUGUCGCAGGUAAAAUAGUCCCCCACAAAAGGAGACAAUGUAAAUAACCCUCUGGCUGUACUAGCUCAGAACUCCACUGCUCUAUGCUUACUCCGAUUACUCAUCCAGCCCUUUGGAUAGCAACACUGUAGGGUAAAUCCUAACUUCUGCUUGUUGAAUUUUCACUUAGUCAUGCAUUGAUUCCAAUGGAAAGUUAGGAUUUUACCCUUUAUUUCUUUGCACAUCACUGUCGUUUUAACAGUGAGACAUUAAUACCAUUUAUGUGUGAUGUUUCGGGACAACUUUUUCCAGUGUUUGCCAGGAGUAUUUCCUGGCUGGUGGGAUGAAGAGAAUGUUGGAGAAGGAUGAGAAGAGUGCCAGGCUUGCCAUGGCCAUGUCGGCCACAGCGCUGAGUGACCAGCCCUAUAGCUCCUCUAUCCCCAGGUACUGGAUUGUGACAGUGUUAAAUCAAACAUCAAUUUUUAUCGGACUAUUUUGCUCGGUUGUGCGUUCAUAUUGACACAUCUUACUUCUAUUAGCUACUGCUCUCAUUAAGCAUGCUCACUGUAUGUUGGAUUUAACGCUCACUUAACGGCUCUGAUUUCUCUGGUUGCAGGUCCAUCCCCCAGCUUGGUAAAAUGCGGCUGCUGGAUGUUGGCAGCUGUUUUAACCCCUUCCUGAAGUUUGACGAGUUCCUCACAGUCGGUAUUGACAUAGUGCCUGCGGUCGAGGUAUGUACUAUUACUGUCCGUGAUCACUCCCUCGGUCCCUGCUAGAAUUCCUGACUCUUACUGUCUUACUCACUCAUCUGCUGCCAGGACAAAAUGUCAGGGGUUUUCUAGACUUGUAGCUAGCUCAUUGUGUGAAUAUCAGACCACAGAACAAUGCUGUCCCUUGACAGGGACUGUCAACACUUGAUGGAAAUUAAACCUGACCUGCUGUGAAGGAACUGGCAGAAUGUUAGCGUCGAAUGGAUUAAGAACAGUGGGUCUUGGAUGUGGGUCUAAAAUGCCACUGCAUGAUCAGAACAACUUGAGUGAUGCUCUAAAGUAUCUGUUUCUACCCUCUCCCACCCAGAGUGUAUACAAGUGUGACUUCCUCAACCUCCAGCUCCAGCAGCCUCUGCAGCUGGCUGGCGACGCUGUCGAAGCCUUCCUGAGACAGCUGCGUAGCCCCAUCGACGCCCUGCCCGCCCAGCUCUUCCACGUGGUAGUCUUCUCCCUGCUCCUCUCCUACUUCCCCUCGCCUUACCAGCGCUGGAUCUGCUGCAAGAAGGCCCACGAGCUUCUGGAACUGCACGGCCUGCUGCUCAUCAUCACCCCAGACUCCUCCCACCAGAACCGCCACUCCCUCAUGAUGCGCAGCUGGCGCGUGGCGGUGGAGUCGCUUGGCUUCAGGCGUUGCAAGUACAUCAAGUUCUCCCACAUGCACCUCAUCGCCUUCCGCAAGGUGUCCCUGGCCACCACCAGCGACCUGGUCAGCCGUAACUACCCCGAGAUGCUCUACAUCCCUCAGGACUUCCAAUCCCCCGAGGAGGAGGACUACACCGAUGUGCCAGUUCAGGCGCGCUCCGACUUCGAGGAUGACCAGCUGGCGUGGGGCUUCACGGAGCUGCCCGACACACCAUAUGACUCAGAUAGCGGAGAGAGCCAGAGCAGCUCUGUGCCCUUCCUACACGAGCUGGAGGACCCCAUUCUGCUGCAGAGCUGAGCUAGACCAGCUAAAACCCUACUAGCUACUCUCUUCUCUUUUACCAGUUUCAAUUCAAUCCCUACCACUCCUCUUGGCCAUAACCCUUCAAUGUUUGCAGAUCUGGUAGGUGGAAGCAAUAUGGGUGAAGCUUUACCGCCACACUGCUUAUACCUACCCAGAGCCUUCAGACAUGCAACAUGGAGUGGUUAGGGCCAAGGGGGAGGGAUAGGGAGCGAUUUGAGACCGUCUGUCUGUACCCUACUGCUGCGCUACCAAAUGAACCUGCUGCAUUCUUCUCACACUCCUCCUCUUCUCCCUUAACUAAACAAUGCAGUUUGCACAGAGUGAAAGAAAAAGACGUUUACAGAAGUCAGUUUAUUUUUCCAUGGUUAGUCGCUCAAUACACACACACACACACACACACACACACACACACACUUCAAUAAAUGAAGUAGUUUUUAAAAAUAAAGACUUGGUAGCUGAAUGCCCUCAGGAUA